AUGGCACGUCCAGUCCUUGUCCUUGCCCUCGUCUUUGUCGCCAUUAUCGGCUCCUCAGCUCAAAAUGAACCCACCACUGCUCCGGCAACAGCUCCUUCCACUUCCACUACAACUCCUCCACCUCAAAUGAGCGGCGGCGGCGGCGGUGGCGCCACACCUCCUCAACAUCAAGCCGCCCCUGCACCCAAGUCAUCUGAUCAUGAUCAUAGCCCCCCGGUCGCACCACCACCUAAGGAUUCAUCGUCUGGUGGCAGCACCCCCACGGCAGCCCCUAAGUCAUCGGAAACCACCACCCCUCCAUCCAAGCCUCCCAAGUCCUCCUCCUCCUCACCUCCUCCUAAGUCCUCCACACCUCCCCCGGCGGAGUCCCCUAAGACUGAUGAUCAGGACUAUUCUUCCCCACCUUCACCACCACCAAAGAGCUCUGAUUCACCAAAGAGCUCCGAUUCAUCCCCACCGGCACCUUCUGAUGCUUCUUCACCCAAAGCUGAGACUCCGGAGGCAUCUACAGCUCCAACGGAUUCUGCAACUGCACCAGCCAAGAGUAGUGCAACCGCUUUGAAGGCCACUUCUGCAGCUGCCGGAAUUGCAGCCAUCGCCGGUUUCUUCUUCUUCUUCUAA